AUGAGAAAAGGGAAACCAAGACAUGUGCCUAUGUUUUUAAGAAGCGAAAAUAAAAGAAUAUUUUUUAGCUUUUUUUCUUAUUUCAUGCCAAAGAAUGAUUUGAAUUUUAUUUUUGAGCAUUUCGAUAUCGGAUUAAUCGUACUAACUAAAAUACAUAAUAUACGAAAAAAGUAUGAAGAGGAAAGAAAUAAUAUGAAAAAUGAAGAAGAUAAAUCCGAUGGAGAUGAUAUGAAAAUAUUUGAUGAAAAAUUAAAGAACUUUUUUUUAAAUUAUAAAAUUAAUCCUAACAUUGAAGAAUCUAAUGAUACCAAAAUUUCUAAAAAGGAAAAGAACAAUAAUAAUAAAAAAAAAAAAAGAAACUAUCCAUUAAAUAAUGAAUGUAAACAAAAUAAUGUAAAUAAAAAGGUUAUGAAUAAAUCAAAUUCAUGUCCAUUAAAUAAAAAAAAUGAAAAAAAACAAGACAUUAUAGAUGACAAAAAAAAAAAUAAAUUACACGAUAUGAAUAAUGAAAGGGAUUGUAAUAUAAAUAAAGAAAUAAAUAAUGACAUUCAAAAAAUGUACAUGUAUAAUAAUGAACAAGGGAAAACACAUAAUUUGGAUAUACAAUCUUAUAUGCCAUAUGAUCAACAAAAAGGAAAGGAAAACCAAGAACCAUCCUUAUAUAAAUGUGACGAAAUAUUAAAAAUGAACAGUACAACGGAGGAUCGAAAUAAAAAGGAGGACGUAUCAAAAGGAAAAAAAAAAAAAAUUAAUAAUACACCACAAAGUUAUAAUACACCACAAAGUUAUAAUACACCACAAAGUUAUAAUACACCACAAAGUUAUAACACAACACAAAAUUAUAAUACAACACAAAAUUAUAAUACAACACAAAAUUGUAAUACAACACAAAAUUAUAAUACAACACAAAAUUAUAAUACAACACAACAUAAUAAUAAUAUUAAUGAAAAUAAUGAUGAUGAUAAAAUAAUUAUAGAUGAAGAGAAUUGUUUGAAUACUAUUAAACAUAAUGAAAGAGAAAUGAAUAAUAAUAUCCAAAAAACUAAAUCCUGUGAAGAUAAUCAAUAUUUAAUAAAUUAUAAUGGUAAUAAUGAAAUGUCCUACAACCAUAAACAUUUAACCUUAUUAGAUAAUAAAAAUGAAGAACAGGAAAAUGCUUUUAUUCUAAAUAAUAUGAAUAAAACAAAAAAUGGAAUUAAUAUAAAAGAAAACAUUGAACAUAUUAAAGAUAACAAAAAGGAUGAAAUAAAAAUAGAAAGAGAAACAGAUGAUAUAUACAUUUCUAUGAAAAAAAAAAACGAAACAUAUAAAAAAUUUAGCAAAAGAAUGAAUAGAAGAAAAAUUAGUGAACUUGUAAAUUAUCAUGAUGAUUAUUGUUUUUAUAUUACAGAUUUAUGUAAAAAAGGUACUAUGUUAUCAUUAAAAAAAAAUGAAUUAUUUAAUCAAAAAAAUGAUAAAAUCAAUAUCCUAUCAUCUGUAAAAUAUUUUAAUAAACCUAUACAAUUUAAUCAAAUAAAUUGGAAUUUAAAUAAUUUGUGUACAAUAAAUAAUAUUUAUACAAAGUUAUAUGAUGAACAUAUAAAUGACAAAAUUAAUACAACACCAAACAUGCAAACUAUUAUAAAGGAAAAAUAUUCACAAACAUCAUCUGUCAUAUUAGGAAAUGAACAAAUACAAAAUGGUUAUCAGACUAGUAACCUUAAUAUUAAUAGUAAUGACAUAAGGAUUAUUAAUCAUAAUAAGAAUGAUGACAUAAGUAUUAAUCAUAAUAAUAAUAAUGACAUAAGUAUUAAUCAUAAUAAUAAUAAUGACAUAAGUAUUAAUCAUAAUAAUAAUAAUGACAUAAGUAUUAAUCAUAAUAAUAAUAAUGACAUAAGUAUUAUUAAUCAUAACAAUAAUAAUGACAUAAGUAUUAAUCAUAAUAAUAAUAACAAUAAUUAUUAUUUUAUGAAUAAUUAUAUGCAUAAUAAUAUCAACAAUAAUUAUUACUGCUAUUAUAUGAAUAACACCAACCAUGUUAAUAAUUACUAUAAUAAUAUUUAUAUACAAAAUAAUCAUGACCAAAAUAAUGCACCCAUUUUACAACCGAUAAACAAUCAUCUAGCUCAUAUUAAUGAUUUAUGUUAUAUUCACUCAGAAAAAAAUGAAUAUACAAAAAUAUCAAAAAAUCAUCAAAUGAACAAUAUAAAUCCUCAACAAUCAAAUGGAAAAAAUCAAAACGAUAUAUCAAAUAAUAUAAACAAGAAUGAUGAAUAUUACAAUCUGAACGAGCAGAAAAUAUUAUGUGAUAAAAAUAAAUCAUAUAUAAAAUGUGAUAUACCUCAAAAAUGUGAUAAUACACAAGAUGAUGAAAAUUCUGAACAGAAUCAAAAUUAUAUAACCAACCCAUCAAAUGGACAUUAUAAAAUAAAAGAGCAAAUGAAUUAUGUACAACAUAUCCCAGAUUAUGAACAUGACAAUACAACUAACGAAAUGAUAAAUACACAAAAUUAUACAAAUAUAAAUUUGGAUCCAUAUAUAAUGAAUAAUCAAAAUGAUAAUAAUGUUUAUUUAAAUCAAAAUUAUUUCGAUACAGAAAAAAAAAACAAAGAGGAGGAUAUUAAUAUAACUGAAGCGAAUACACAUUAUAAUAAUGUACAUAUAUACCAAAAUAAUAGUAAUCAUAUGAACAAAAUGAUAAAUCUAAAUAAUAAUACUAAUAGUAAGAGUACACAAGAUUAUGACCUUUAUCAUAAUAAUAUGGAAAAUUUUAAUAACACAAACUAUAAUAUCAUGAAAGAAAAAAUACAUAUAAAUGAUGACACUUCAUCAGUUAUAAAUAAUUCAAGUAUAAAUUCACAAAAUAAUUUGUGUAAUAAUAAGAAGACAAAUAAUGAUUAUCAAAAUAGAAAUAUAAAAAAUGAUAAUUCUAUCCCUGACAGUAGCAUAAAUAUGAAUGAAUUGAAAAAUAAUAUUCAAAUGAAUGAUUAUUAUGCUUCUAAUAUUUACAAUAAUAAUAAUAAUAAUAAUAAUAAUAACUUUAUCAUUUCUAAUAAUAUUAUUAGUAAUUAUAAUAAUUAUAUGAAUGAAAGUAAUGUAUAUCCACAAAUAAAUAGUAAUAAUUAUAUCCCGUAUAUAGACCCACAUCUUAACAACGAACCUUAUAAACACACAAUUAAUAAUCAACUAAACAAAAAUUGUAUAAACAAUAAUAUAUCUAUGGAUGAUAAUGUAUAUGAUAGUAACACUAUUUCUAUACAUAUAAGUGUAAACGAUAAUGAAUAUAACAAUUCUAAUUUUACAAAUGAUAUGUAUAAUAAUAAUAAUAAUAAUAAUAAUAAUAAUAAUAAUUGUAACAAUAGUAGUAAUAGCAAUAGCAAUAGUAAUCAGGUGUGCUUAUAUAUGCCUAACCACGAAUUAUACAAUUCCAACUACAAUAUUACUCAACACAUGCCUUCAUCUAAUGACGUUCCCAAAAUACAAAAACAUAUAGCUAAUAAUAUUAUAAUGAAUGGUCAUAAGGAAGAACAUAUUAUUGAAAAAAAAUCAAAAGAAGAAACAAAUAAAACAAAUGAACAAGUUUAUAGGUCUAUAAACCAAAAUAAUACACUUAUUUUGAAAGAAAACGAAAUAGAUGAAAAUGACAUAAACACAUUAAAUCAAAACCUUAAUAUUAAAAAUGAUAUGAACAAUAUGGAUAACAUUAUCAAUCUGAAAAAUUUAAAUAAUAUAAAUAAUAUAUACACACCUUAUCAAAAUAAUAUAUUGAAAAAUAAUGAAAUCCAAUUUCUAAAUAAUAAUAAAGAAGUGAUAACAAAACAUGCAUAUACACAUUCCUCAAAUGAAAUAAACAUAAACGUAUAUAAAAAUAUAGAUACACAAAUAAAUAUAAGAAAAAAUGAAAAUAAUAAUGAUAUAAUUAUUAACAAAGAACAAAAAGAUAUAUCAACAAAUAAUGAACAAAACCAAACAUAUAAUUAUAUUACCAGUUCUGUUAAAAAUGAAUAUAGCAUAUUAGAUAAUUCUCCAACAGAUAAAAAUUAUAAAAAAAAUUUAAAUUUAAAUAUAUCUUCAUCUUAUAAUACAAAUGAUCAUAUAAAUAAUUAUCACGAUGAUAUUGAUAAGACAAACAAAGAUAAUAAAUAUGAAGAAGAAAAACAUAAAGAUAUAAACAUAUAUAUAAAUAAUAUUAAUUCAAAUGGUAACAAGAACCAUAAUUUUAUUAAUUCAUAUUUUGACCUAAAUGAAAACGAAAAAAAAAAAAAAAUUAAUAUAUUUUAUCAUGAUAAUAAAUCUUUAAAAAAUAUAUCAAAUGAAGAAUUAACAAAUACAAAUCCAUAUAAAUGUAUAAAUAAUACUAUAGAUAAUAAUAAUGAUCAUAAAAAUGGUUAUAUAGAAUUAAAUGAAAUUAACAAUUCCAUUAUGAAUAAUGAUGAGAAAAUAAUUACAGCAUAUUUAAAUAAUCGUGUUGUACAAAAUGGUCUGUCACAUGAUAUUCUGAAUGAGGACGUUUCUAUAAAUACACACAGUAAUAAAGAAAAUAAAAAUGAUAACCAUAAUAAUAAUAGUAAUAAUAGUAAUAAUAGUAGUCGUAGCAAUAAUCAUAAUAAUAAUAAUAAUAGUAAUAACAAUUAUGCAAAUUCAUAUAACGUGAAAAAUGAUUUACAAAUAAAUAAUAACAACUAUUCUUACAUCAAAAACGAAAAAAAUGUGCACCAGACAUUUAAUGAAAAUAAUAUUUUAUAUAAGCAUUAUUCAAACCAUGUUCAUAAUUAUAUCACAAAAAAUACAAUACAAGAACAAAAGAAUAUUCAUUCAGACAAUAAAUAUGAAACAUGUUCCUUACCUGAAAAAAAAAAUAUAUAUGAACCAAAUUCACAAAAUUCACCAAAUUCACAAAAAUUACCAAAUUCACAAAAUUUAUCAAAUUCACAAAAUUUACCAAAUUCACCAAAUUUACCAAAUUCACAAAAUUUACCAAAUUCACCAAAUUUACCAAAUUGUUUUACAUAUGUAAAUAACCAAACAGAUAUUUUAAUAUCUAAUCUAGUAGUACAAGAACAAAAAUUAAAUGAUCAAAAAAAAGAAAUGAGAUCUAAUAAUAAUAUUAACAAUACGAAAUGGAAUAAUGCAUAUAACAAUGAAGUACAACAUGUAAAUAAUAAUAUAGUAAAUGAAGAAAUAAAUAUUUUACCGUAUCCUUCAAAAAAUGAAAAUAAUUUAAAUGAACAUAAUAGUAAUAUAUAUCAUGAUAAAAAUAAUCAACAUGAUAUAAGAACAUAUUACAAUGAUUCAACUAAAAUUACAAACAAAUUACACAUAGAAAGUGGAAACAAUAAAUUAACAAAUGAUGCAAUUCAUACAAAUAAUGAAUAUACAAUAAAUUCCAGAUAUCCAAUAUGUCAAAAUUAUUCUGCUAUUACUGCCCCAGAAAAAAUGAACUGUCCUCAAAUGAUGGCAAAUCAUAAUUUUAAUAACAUUCCUGAAUAUGUGAUUCAAAAUAAUCAUGUUAACGUCGAUGGUAAUAAUAAAAAUGAUCCUAUAGAUAACAAUAAUAAUAAUGAUAAUGAUAAUAUAGAAAUAUUUAAUAUUCAACAAACAAAACAAAUAAAGUACAAUAACAACACAACAGACACAAAUAAUAAUAGUUUAAUACAUAAUGUGGAAAAUAAUUAUAAUACAGAUGGUUUAGAUAUUUCAAAUAUUUCAUAUAAUAAUUACACUAAUAAUAAUAUGUAUAAUCUUAAUAAUGAUAAUAUUAAUAAUAAUUAUAUGCCACAAAAUUAUUACCACAUAAAUUAUAAUAAUAUUGCGACUUCUGAAAAUAACCAACUAAUCCAAAUAAACAAUUAUAAUAUAAACACCAAUAUCAAUGAUAUAAAUAUAAACACACAUGUUAACUCAUACAAGGAAAAUGACAAAAAAAACAUCCUUUAUAAUAAUAAUAUAAAUAACAUGAAUAAUGAUAACAUAAAUCAUGAUCAUUAUAAAUACAUAUGUAAUAGUAAUAGUAAUAAUAAUAAUAAUAAUAAUAAUAAUAAUAAUAACAAUAAUAAUAAUGAUCAUUAUUAUUAUUAUAAUUGUUGUAGGAACGAAGAAUAUAAAUAUAACGAUAAUAAUUAUAUUAAUAUUCAAAACAAGAAGAAUAAUAUAGUAAAUGAUAACACGUCUAAUAUUAUUAAAUCACAAUAUAAUAAUACGAAUAAGAACAUGAUAUUAGAACAACAUAAUAUAAAUAUGAAUGAAGAUAAUUAUAACCAAAUUAAUAGUAAUUUAUGCCUCUUAAAAAACGAUUCAAUUAGUACCUGUUGUGAUAAUAUAAAUAAUAAUAAUAAUAAUAAUAAUAAUAAAUAUAGUAACAAUGAAAUAAACUCAAAUGAAUACUUAUAUUACAAAUUUGAUGAGCAAUAUGAUAAAAAAAAUAAUGUGUCUGCAAUGUGUGAUAAUAUAAAAAAUAAACAACAUUAUAAUAAUUAUGUAGCAUAUAAUACAAAUGGCAGUUAUGAAAAUAUGAGUAAUUUCUCUUCAAACAAUGUCUAUGUCAAUAAUAAAUGCCCUUCAUAUAAUAAUAACAAUAUGAAUAAUAUGAAUAAUAUGAAUAAUAAUAAUUGCUAUAAUUAUCAUGGUUACAAUGUAAUGAAUACGAAAUAUAACAAGGCAGGAAAUAAAUUCUCUUCUGUACAAAUCGAUACACAAAUGGAUAAUCCUAUUCAUGUAGAUAAAAAUAAAAAUGAUGAUAUUUUAGAAAGGAACAUUAAGGGAAGCAUAAUUAAUAAUAAUAAUGAUAGUAAUGAUGACAAUAAUAAUGAUGAUAAUAAUAAUGAUAAUAAUAAUAAUGAUAAUGCUAGUAAUAAUAAUAAUGAUACAAAUAAUAUAAAUUAUUUAAUGAACAUAAAGAAUACAAACAAUUUUGAUAGUACAAACAAUUUUGAUAGUACAAACAAUUUUGAUAGUACAAACAAUUUUGACAGUACAAACAAUUUUGACAGUACAAACAAUUUUAACAAUAGAAACAAUUUUAACAAUAGAAACAAUUUUAACAAUAGAAACAAUUUUGAACAUAUCAACAAUAUUAAUAAGAUACAUCAUAUUGAUAAUGAAAAUAAUUUAUGCAGAGAAGACGAAAAUAACCAUAAUACCAUUUUAACAAAUGUAAAAAACACAACGAACAAAGAGUACAUUAACAUUUGUACUGAUCAUUUAAAUUUACUAAAAAAUUAUAAUUUAAAUAAUUAUAUCAAUUUAUUAAAAAUUAAUAAGUUAAAUGAUUAUUACUAUAACUCAAUUAUUAAUAAAAGCCAGGAUGGAACUUGUAAUACAUUUUUACAGAACUCAUUAAAUAAUCAAUCAAAUAUAAUUCAAAAUAAUAAUAUAUAUGAAAAUAAUCAAAGGAUACAGUUAUAUAAUUAUCCAUCCUUUGAAACAUAUAACAAUAAUAUUAUUAAUACAUGGAAUCAAAAAAACACAAAUAAUUCAUAUAAUAGUUAUAUACCUUUGUCAAAUGUUCAAUGUAAUUGGAAAAAUCAUAUUUUCAAUGUAACACAAAAUAAUGCUCAUAUAAAUGAUAAUAAGGAAUAUAAUUAUCAGAAAUAUCCAUAUGUAUAUAAUAAUCAAAUUUUAAGUAUCAAUCAUGGAAAAAAGGAAACUAACACACUUAAUUACCUUAAUUGUACAGGGGAAAAUGAAAUAACAUAUUUGAAUGAUCUUAAUUCCAAUGAGCAAAAUUAUAAUGACCACAAUAAAAAUAAUAAUCCUUAUAAUCAUGAUCAUAAUAUUAUAUAUAAUGAUGUCUAUAAUCAUAUGAAUCCAUCAUAUAUAUAUAAUAAUAUAUGUACACCCACCAAUUUUAUACAAGAUUUAAUAAAAACUAACAAAAUAAAUAAUAAUUCCAAUUACCUAAAUAUAUUCAAUAAUAUGAUACAUUUACAAAAUAUGCAUAACGAAAAUAAUCAUUUAUUCAAAAAAGAAAAGUGUGAUCAAGCGAAACCAUAUAGUAAUACUGAUGUGCUAUGCACAUUAAAAAAUAAUAAUCUUAAUGAAAAUAAAAAUGUCAAUAUUAUAAACACAAUUCCACAUACAUUAAAUAACUAUUAUAAUUUUCAUAUUUUAUUAAAUAUAUUAAGAAGAAAACAAUUAUACCACAAUUCAUUUAAUCAACUUAUUUCAAAAAUGACAAAAAAUUAUAAUAUUAAUGCUAAUAAUAAUAAUAAUAAUGACAAUAGUAACCUUAAUAAUAAUAAUAAUAAUGUAAGAUAUAAUAAAAGAAAUUAUUCAAUAUCUUCAGUUGGUUUUAGUAACAGAAGCAAAAGAUGGACAAUUUGCCCUUCUUAUAUAUGUUGCAACAGUGCCCUAUGCAGAUUUAAACUAACAUGUAACUUCAAAUUUUUGCAAUUUAAUCAAGCCUACAAUACUUUUAAUAUACCCUAUGCAAUAUAUAAUUGUUACAAAAACAUUAUGAAUAAUUAUCAUUACUUCACAUCUACCUUGUGUCCACAACAAACAUACUUAUCCAAACACUCAGCACAGGAACAUGAAACAAUUUUUAAUGUCUAUUGGCACUUACUAAAUAAUGAAAAAUAUAAGUACAUACAAAAUAUAAUUUUAUUUUUAGACAGUAAUUUAUAUACCAGGGCUGUAUGGCUAUUAAAAAAGGGAUACAAUAUGAAUGAUAUAGAAGUACAAAAAGCUGAGAAAAAAUUAAUAAAAUUAAUGCUACUAGUAUUUAAAUUUACAUAUGAUUAUAAAAAUGAUAAUAAUAAAUAUGAAUACAUAAAAUCAUUUUUAUAUUCCCUCAGAAAUAAUCAUAUCAAUUUUGAAAUAAUGAAUCGCUUUUUAUUUUAUUGA